AUGACCAAAGGACGCUCACGGGAAACAUGUACAGAGUGCUCACUUCGCCGGCAGAAGUGUGACCGUCAAAGACCCUGUGGUCGUUGCGUAAAGCGAGGCAUCCCCGACAAAUGUCAACUCCACUGGUCUGGUGAGUACGAUCCAGCACUCCAUCGGGUCUAUCCAAGUACACGCCCUAGAUCCAAGCAACAGUCAUUGACAUCAGACACCCCUGGACGUCAGUCCACCAUACAUGGAGACUCCGACAAUGAAUCUACACUGCUCGAAGGCUUGCAUGCGCAUGCUGCACAUUUUGAGGCUCAACAGAUGAGAUGGGCAAACGAACCACGCCUGCAGUACACUUUCAAACCUCACAAUCCUCCACAGAUUCGAAGAGGUGCUGCGGCGUCUCGGAGUGUGCAGCAGCCAUGGCUCCCACCAGGAGUGUUUGGCUUCAACUCCACUGCGGAUGCGCAGGCAGCCUUCCUUCAGAUGCUCCUGCCGAACGUCGACCACAUCUGGAGCCUGGUAAACUAUCACGAACUGGCGCUCCUCUGGUACCAUGGCUGCUAUCACGGCCCAACGCUUCGGUGGGAGCUACAAAGUGUCAUUGCUGGCCAGGAACAGGAGGAGACCUUGAUCAUCAAAGACUUGGACAUGCAAUGGCUUGCCCUCCUGUUCGCCAUCAUGGCCGGAAGCAUCACCUGUGCACCAAAACGAACACUUGAGCGAUGGGGCUUUUCAAGACAAGAAGUCGUCAAACUGUCGUUGCAGUGGUACAAAGCUAGCAUCUCAUGCCUCAAUCAAGCAGAGUAUACCUCCAACCACAGCAUCUACUCAGUCCACGCCAUCGCCACAUUAACCAUGUCCGCCCACCCUCUUGGUCAGUCAGCCGAACUCUCUGUUCUUCUGGGUGCCGCUCUAAAAAUUGCUCAAAGCCUGGGACUCGACAGACUGGAUCACAACACGACACUGGAGAAGAUUACAAGUACAUCAAGCGAAGAACAGCGACACAAGCUACUCAAUCGAGAGAUAGGUCGGAGGUUAUGGUCCCAACUAUGUGUCCAAGAUUGGAUGUCUUUACCGUUUCACGACAGCAAUAACAUCAAGCCACUCCACUUCACGACAACUAAGCCGUCCAGCCGCGAUCAUUUGACGAUGAAUCCGAUUCCGCCGACCUUCCCCACGUACAUCAGUUACGGCAACUACCUGUUCGAAAUCGCCAAGCUCAUGGUCAGUCACCACGAUGCAAUGCUGGGGGCCACAACACAAUUCACCCGGUACGAGCACGUUCUGGAGUACGACGCUCGGAUGCGCACAUUAGCCACCCAAGGCAUGCCACGGUACUUUCAUGUCGUGGAGCCCAUCGACCCCUCCUGGCCAGAGUGGGUGCCGUGGGCGCGACGUAGCUUGACAAUCUGCUUCGCUCACAAAAUCAUCAUGAUCCACCGAGCCUUCAUCAGACAGAGCUUCAUCAACCCAGCAUACUCCAUCACGCGCAUGACAUGUCUGGCCGCAGCAAAAACCAUCCUCAACGAGGCCAAGCAGAUCAAGGAUCUGGAUGGCCCAACCAUAUGGAUUGACAAAGCAUUCUGUGUCGCAGCUGCAGUCAUUCUCUGCUUGGAUAUUUUCCAUCGCCCGGAAUCUGAUGCCGAGUACAACUCUCACAAGACCUUGGUGACCGAUUGUAUCGACCUACUACAAACGUUCGACACCAGCAUUGUCGCCGUCCGAGGAUCGAGUCUGUUGAGUGCGCUCAUUGCGGAUCGAGACCGGCUCAGAUCGAAUUUGACUUGGCCGCCGGAGAGCAUCAAGACGUCAGACGUUUUCAAGUCACUCAUGACAGGCACGAAUUCGCCAACAGGGCCGGAAGUCCAAGAUGAAGCACGCCCGCUGCCGGAUCUCUUCCCUCCGCAAGUGGGCUUCUGUAACCGCUUUUUGCUCGAGGACCUGCUGAGUUUCAACCGUUCCAGUUGA